AUGCUUUUCCCUCUGUCCGCCCUGCAGAACUGGCCCACGCCCAACUAUGCCAACCCGGAGAGGAGAGGGCCGGCGGCGACCAUCGUCGUCUCCGUGCUGCUUGCGCUCGUCACUCUCAUCCUCAUCGUCCGCAUAUACACCCGCGUGCGGAUAUCGAGGGGCUUCGGGCUGGAUGAUGUGCUUAUAAUAUUCGCCUACAUACCUACGGCGGCCUUUGCUGUGCUCUCGUUCGUUGCCAUGUGGAAAUUCGGCUGGAGCACUCACGUUUGGGAUGUACCAAUAGAGUUGACCAAGCCGAGUCUGCAGUUCAGCCUGGCAAACCAGCUGUUGUUUGACGUCGCCACAUCGCUGACCAAGCUGUCCAUGCUAUCGCUCAUUUACCGAGUGGUAUCCGCGGACAGGAGCCGCUACAGAUACGUUGUGCUGGCACUGGCAGCUGUGGUUCUUACAGAUGGUUUGAUAUUCUUCUUCAUCACGACCUUUCAAUGCCGACCAGUCUCAGACUAUUGGACGCUUUCCUUCGUCCCGCAGAAGUGUAUCAACGAGGAGUUGCACCUGCUGGCUGCUGGAUGCAUCAACACCACAACCGACUUCCUCAUUGUCAUGCUCCCAAUCCCAUACGUAGUCCGGCUCAAGCUACCAAGGAAGCAACAAAUCAUCAUUGUCAGCCUGUUCACGGGUGGUCUCUUCGUCACAGCAGCAGGCGCCGUGAGGACCUAUAUGUUUCACAUCACGCUCACGGAUCCCACCCGCGACUUGACAUGGAAUGCAUACAACAUCAUCAUCGUCAGCGCACUUGAGCUGUACAUUGGCAUCAUCUGUGCUUCCGUCCCCGCCAUCAAGCCUUUCGUCGCCCGCUACCUACCCAUCAUGCUCGAGAACCCGAGGUACUGGUUGUCCAAGCAGUCAGAAAGCCGCAGGGACCCCUUCGACAGGCCGUCGGCAGCAGGCAAGGGGCUCGAGCCCGACUUCUGGCUCGUGACCGAGAGGGACUCGACAGCCACCUUCCAGGACAUCGAGUCGGCCUCGGGCCUGGUCCUGCAGAUGCAGCCGCGGCCGCCGAUUCCGGGCAUGCCGACGCCGACCCGGCCGCCGCGCACCGCCUCGACGCUGCAGACCGGGACGGCCCUGCCGACCAUCACCACCAACACAACCACCACCACCAACACAACCACCACCAAUAACACUACCACGGCCGACGACAACCUCUCGGUGGCCUCGGCCGCCUCGGCCGUGCCCGCGCCCCUGAGGGUGGCCAAGAGCCCGCGCGCCAGCACGGCCAGCUCGCAGCGGCCGGACCUCAACAAGCCGCUGCCGCGGAUCGGGACGGCGGUGCUGGACGCGAGCUUCGCGAGCGAGGGCGAGGCGGUGAAGCACAUGAGCAGCGUGUACCAGUUCAUCCCGCACGAGGACGGGCACAUCAGCGUGCACAAGGCGCGGAAGAGCGCGUUCGGUAAUGGGUGA